GACGGCGCCGGUUCCGGUUCAGUCCCACUCCGCACGGACACGCACACGUCCACUCUCAUCUUAGGACAACUCCACGCGGCCUGAAAGCAGCGGAGACGAAGCCUAACCCGAACAAGUCGACUGCAGUGGUGCCGUCGGAGGAAACUCGCCUCUCGGGACACUUUGCGACUUGGCGGAAGCGGAGGCUGAGGUGAGUGAGCUGUUGCCAUGGCACCCUUCCUGCGCAUCGCCUUCAAUGCAUAUGAUGUGGGUGAACUGCCUGCUCCUUCUGAAACCCCCAUUUGUGCCAUCAAGAUGAAAGAGUCUGUCAGCACAGAGCGAGGCAAGACAUUGAUUCAGAAGAAGCCCACCAUGUAUCCAUCGUGGAAGUCCACGUUUGAUGCUCAUAUCUACGAGGGUCGUGUUAUAGAAGUGCUUCUCAUGCAGAGCGCCGAGGAGGCCUUGGCUAAGGCUACCGUUGGUGUGUCUGUCCUCGCAGAACGCUGUAAGAACUCCAAGACCAGUGGUCGUACUGAGUUCUGGGUGGACUUGAUCCCUUCUGGGAAGGUCCAAAUGGCUGUACAGUAUUUGCUGGAGGACAGUGAUGCAGAUCCAAACAAGUCUUCUGUGAGGGUUGCUCCAGAGGAUGGACUCACAACCCUGAACAAGAGGAGGGGAGCGUUCAAGCAGCCCAAGAUUCACAUCAUCAAGAACCACGAGUUUACUUCGACUUUUUUCCACCAGCCUACCUUCUGCUCUGUAUGCAGAGAGUUUCUCUGGGGGCUGAAAAAGCAAGGCUACAAGUGCAGACAAUGCAAUGCAGCAAUUCACAAGAAAUGCAUCGAAAAGAUUAUUGGAAGGUGCACCGGAACUGCAGCAAACAGUCGUGACACCAUGUUCCAGAAGGAGCGCUUCAAGAUUGAUAUGCCGCAUCGCUUCAAGUACCAUAACUACAGAAGCCCCACCUUCUGUGACCACUGUGGCAGCCUGCUGUGGGGUCUCUACAGACAGGGCCUUAAAUGUGAAGAUUGUGGCAUGAACGUUCAUAGUUCUUGUCAGAAAAAGGUGGCCAAUCUGUGUGGGAUCAACCAGAAGCUACUGGCUGAAGCUCUCUCUCAAGUCUCCCAGAAAUCCCUGAAGAAGUCCGAUAGCUCCAGUACAGCCGAUAUUGGGAUCUACCAAGACAUCCGUGCAGGAGCAGACCCUGGUGCUAACGGCAAAGUAAGUGAUGGCUCGAGCUCAGCCGCACCUUCUGUUAAGCAGUCCAAGCUCACCGUCAACCACUUAGUCUUCCACAAGGUUCUAGGCAAAGGCAGCUUUGGCAAGGUGCUGUUGGCUGAGCUAACAGGCCAGGGCCAGUACUAUGCCGUGAAGGUUCUGAAGAAGGAUGUGGUUCUCAUGGAUGACGACGUAGAGUGUACGAUGGUUGAGAAGAGAGUCCUUGCCCUUGCCUGGGAGAACCACUUCCUCACACACCUUUACUCCACCUUCCAGUCUAAAGAGCACCUCUUUUUUGUGAUGGAGUACCUCAAUGGGGGCGACUUGAUGUUCCACAUCCAAGACAAAGGCCGCUUCGAUCUAGCCCGAGCCACAUUCUAUGCUGCUGAGAUAAUAGUGGGACUGCAGUUCCUCCACUCAAAAGGAAUUAUCUACAGGGAUCUGAAGCUGGAUAAUGUGAUGCUGGACAAGGACGGGCACAUCAAAAUAGCAGACUUUGGCAUGUGCAAGGAGAACGUGUUUGGAGAUGUCCGGGCCUCCACGUUCUGUGGAACUCCAGACUAUAUUGCACCUGAGAUUCUCUUAGGACAGAAGUAUACCUUCUCAGUGGACUGGUGGUCUUUUGGUGUACUGGUCUAUGAGAUGCUGAUUGGCCAGUCACCUUUCCAAGGCGAUGAUGAGGAUGAGCUGUUUGAGUCCAUCCGAUCGGACACUCCUCAUUACCCUCGGUGGAUAACCAAGGAGGCCAAGAAAUUGCUUGAGCUGUUGUUUGAGCGAGAUCCCACUCGUAGGCUUGGUGUGGUCGGAGACAUCCGUGCACAGCCCUUCUUCAAAAGUAUCAACUGGUCCACUCUGGAGAAGAGAGAAGUGGAGCCCCCUUUUAAGCCCAAAGUGAAAUCCCCAAGUGACUGCAGCAACUUUGACAGAGAGUUCCUGAGCGAAAAGCCGCGACUCUCCCAUGCCGACAAGAACCUCAUCGACUCGAUGGAUCAGUCGGCGUUUUCUGGCUUUUCCUUUGUCAACCCCAAACUGGAGCAUUUGAUAAGCAAAUGAAAAGACAAACUGGCUGCCCUGGGACCAUGGUCACUGACUUACUGUACACUUUGUGAUAGGCUCUAGCCUAUUUUCCCUUCUCUCCAUGGUUGAAUUUUACUGAAUACUUCUUUCAGAGGAUAAGAAAACACUCUAUAUGUGUAAUUAAGGGACGUACUUUACUUCACACACCAUUGUAACUACAAUCAAAACUGAAGGGGGAUUUUUUUUUUUUUUUUUUUUUUAAAUCUUUGUGACAUUGUUUUGACCAUGUAAUCACUUCUAAUCCAAUCAUAUAUCUACUGAAUUUUGAAAUUAACAUCCCAAAAAAAGAAAUAGUCACACAUCAUUGUUAUCAUAUCCUAUGUAUAUGCAGUUAUUGAUCGAUAUAAAUAAUGGCGUUACUCUACACAUAUCUGAUGGAUAAUAGCUCCCCAGAUGAUUGCAUAGAAAAGAAAAUACACAGUAUGGUGAAUUAAAUCACCGACAAGACACACGCUUAAUUCCGCCACUGACUUAAUAAUGUAGGCAAAUUGUAAAUACACAAAUGUUUUCAAAAGAAAAUGAUUAAUUUAUUCUUUAUCAGUUUUCAGCUACUUUAAACCUGCACCCACGGAUGGAACGAAGCACAACCGGUAAUUCAAAUUAGUAUUAUAGAAAUAGUAUGGACAAACUGUAGUCAAUAUAUAUUUGUAUUGAUGUUUUCUGUUGGAAUGAGCAUUUUAAGGAAAUAACUUGGAACUUCAUCAAGAAGCAAAUGUGGACAAUGUGUAAUCUUUUUUUUUUAAUAAUUAAUCUUUUACAGCUGAUUAUAAAUAAACGUUGCUUUUAUCCA